AUGUGUCGGUACACCAGCAAAUGCGCUCGCUGUGCUCGCAACACCGAGCGUGACAUGAUCGCCUCCCAACGACGACCAAUAAUCAUCAAAACACCACUCAGCAUGCUGAUUCAAUAUAUCAUCGAUUCUCGAGCUCAGAAACGGGCUGCUCUGCAGCAUCCAUGCGGUGUUUCACACGAGCCUGUCUCUGAGGUCAUCUCGUACACGUACCCGAAGCCGCAGGAGUUGAAGCGUUUGGAGACUUUGCAAGGGAUCUUGGGACAAGAUGAGGUUGUGGGUAUGAAUGACAACCAGAAAGGGGUGGUCAGGAUGGAGAAGACUGAAGAGAGCAGAGUGGACGUAAUUGAGGGACCGGAUGCGUUACCGCGGUAUAGUCAGGUCUUCAGAGAGUGA